AUGAUUGCAGCAGGUUUGCACCACGUACCAGAAAUUUUAACAAGAUCCGUAAUGCUGCUUGAUCUUGCUGGCAAUCAAUUACAGGAAAUAUUAGACGGUGAUUUUGACAGCUACCCUUAUCUGCGACAGCUAGAUCUUUCUAAUAAUCAAAUCAGCUACAUCCAAGAUGAUGCUUUAGGUAGAACUUUUAGUUUAACGGAAUUAGAGGUUCUAGACUUGUCAUAUAAUGAACUGCGCGCCAUGCCAAGCUUAACAUUACCAGAACUAAAAAUAUUACGAAUAGAAGGUAAUGGUUUGUUAACAUUAGGAGAUAAUUUUCUAUUAAAUUUUCCUCGCCUGACUCAAUUGCACGCUGCAGGAAACAAUUUAACAUGCGAGGAAUCAAACUGGUUGGCAAUAAAAAUAAUCCUGACGGGUGUCAACUUAAGAAAAGGCUGCUGGAAUUUGACGACUAUAGAAACUGGCACUACAGAAUCUCAAGAAACUACAACUCAUAUUCAUGCGACAUCUAGUAAAAUUAUAAAUAUAAAUCCGAAGAAAAAACCAGCACAAGAAAACACGAGCUCUAAUUUUAAGAAGCCUAUAGUUUAUAACAUUAUAUUUAGGGUAAAUAAGCCUAGAAGGCAAAUUCCUAUCAAUACUACCGACAGAAUAUCAAAUUUGACAAAACCAGUGCCUCAAAAGCGGGUGGCAGAAACGAAGGGACGACCAAUUGUUAAAACAUCUGCUUUAGUAGAACAUCCUCCUGAAAAAGUUUUGCGGGUCACCCAGGUUUACUGGCAGUGCUAG